CAGUCCCCUGUGUGAGGACUAAUUUCAGAGAUAAUUGGUACAGGAUUUCCUGAUUAUAAUCUAUUGUUGUCUGUGCCCUGCCAAAUAAAGCCCUGGCUAAUUCCAGAUAACCACGGGGUGAUUCCACAGUUACUCUGCAGUGAGAGUGAGGGCUGGUUAAUGAUCUCUGAAGAUCACAUCAUUUCAUUCUGGGCUGGUGGUAGUUACAGCAAGCUGGUCACAAAGGGGUCACUGUGCAGGCACCAGCCCCAGUUAAUUCCAGAGGCAGGGGGAAAGAAAGGUGCUGCUGAUCCCACCUCAGUGUGCCAGGGUCAGCCCAGAGCCUGAGGAAAAGCACGGGAUAAUUUGCUAUUUUGGGUGCAAAACUACUCCUCAACCCUCUGAAGGGAUCAGAGAGCUCCCUCCCUGAACAGGGAAUGUGUGACAGGAAUUACCACCAGAACAGGCUCAUCUCCAACAGGGCCUUGGGAAUGUUUGGGAAUUGCUGGAGGCUCAAUGGGCUGGAGGUAAAAUAAAACCACUGUGGAAAAGCACCAACACUCAUUGCUAAGGCUGCUAUUUGUCCUUUUUCCAGUGUUUUCCUGGCUUCAGGUGUGAUUCUCCACUUCAAUGAACCUGCUGGGUUGGGUUAUAGAGGGGGAAGGAUUGACCACAUUCACCUGUGGUUUCCAGAAGAAGAGAAGGGAGCAGCCAGUUCUCCUCUCCAAAAACAGGCCCUGGGAGCUCAAUAGAUUGGAAAUAACUUAAUGAAAACCUACAGUUCGUCCAACAGAAUCAGCAGAAAACCCACCGUUCCUGGCAGGAGUUUCCAAAGGGAAAACAUUGAGGACCUGGAGGAUCUCACAUAAAUCACUGCUGGGCCCAGCAGAGAGUGAGGAAGAAGAUGACAAUGAAAUGGAAGUGGAAGACCAAGAUAGUAAAGAUGCAGAAAAGCCAAACGUCAUUAAUUUUGAUACCAGUUUGCCCACAUCACAUAUGUACUUAGGCUCCGACAUGGAGGAGUUCCACGGGAGGACGGUCCACGACGACGACAGCUGCCAGGUGAUCCCGGUGCUGCCCCACGUGAUGGUGAUGCUGAUCCCGGGGCAGACGCUGCCCCUGCAGCUCUUCCACCCGCAGGAGGUCAGCAUGGUGCGCAACUUAAUCCAGAGGGACAGGACCUUCGCCGUGCUCGCCUACAGUAACGUACGUGAAAGGGAAGCACAUUUUGGAACAACAGCAGAAAUCUAUGCCUACAGAGAAGAGCAGGAAUAUGGAAUUGAAACAGUCAAGGUGAAAGCAAUAGGAAGGCAGAGGUUCAAGGUGCUUGAAAUAAGAACACAGUCAGAUGGAAUCCAGCAGGCCAAAGUGCAGAUCCUUCCCGAGCGAGUGCUGCCCUCCACGAUGGCAGCAGUGCAGCUGCAGUCCCUCAGCAGGUGCCACGUGUGCCCCUCUCCCAAGCCUUCCUCCUGGCAGGACCGAGCCAUCCGGCAGUGGUGGCAGAAGUACCAGAAGAGGAAGUUCCACUGUGCCAGUUUGACAUCUUGGCCUCCCUGGCUCUACUCUCUGUAUGAUGCUGAAACCUUGAUGGAAAGAGUCAAGAGGCAGCUACAUGAAUGGGAUGAAAACCUUAAAGAUGAAUCUCUUCCAACAAACCCAAUAGAUUUUUCUUACAGAGUUGCUGCCUGCCUGCCCAUUGAUGAUGCUUUACGUAUCCAGCUGCUCAAAAUAGGCAGUGCUGUGCAGAGACUCCGCUGUGAGUUAGACAUCAUGAACAAAUGUACAUCUCUCUGUUGUAAGCAAUGCCAAGACACAGAAAUAACUACCAAGAAUGAAAUAUUCAGCUUAUCCUUGUGUGGCCCCAUGGCAGCCUAUGUGAAUCCCCAUGGAUACAUCCAUGAAACCCUCACUGUAUAUAAAGCCUGCAAUUUGAAUCUCAGUGGACGGCCCUCCACAGAGCACAGCUGGUUCCCUGGGUAUGCCUGGACUAUAGCCCAGUGCAGGAUCUGUGGGAGCCACAUGGGCUGGAAGUUCACAGCCACCAAGAAGGAAAUGUCCCCUCAGAAGUUCUGGGGGCUGACACGCUCCGCUCUCCUGCCCCGCAUCCCAGAGGGGGAGGAAGACUCCGACCACGAGGGCUCCCCGAUCCUCUGCCUGUGACCUGUCACCUCCUGCAGGGCCUUGGCCAGGGCUCCUGCAGAUGCAUCUGCUCAGUUCUGCUUCUGAUGCUUCCUUAGACCUGAGAAACCCCCAGAACCCCCGACCACACUCACCAAUCCAAGGAAACAGGCAGGGUCACCACGUUUGGGAGUGCUGUGCAUCCGUGCUCUGUUCCUUCAGGAAUGCUGAGACUGAAGGCUGAGUCCUUAAAGGGAGAGCUGAGGAGAUGGCUUGAGACACUAAGAAAGGAUGGUCCAUCUGGACAGAAACAGGAGACACCAAGAAAUCUCUGAUCCACGUGGCCAGAUUUGAGACUGAACUUUCUCUGUGUAUAAUUCCCACUUGCAGUGCAGGAAGAUGGGCAGGAACUAAAUCCUGGAUAACCAGAGUCUGAUUUAUGCAAUAGCCCCGGGAUGGUAGAUACCAGUUACUUGCUGCAGAGUAUUUUCCAUAACACACUUACAAGUGGUUUUGCUGAGAAUCCCUGUUUCUGACUCUGAAGUACUUCAGGUUUUCUGCUUGUGCUGUUUCUCAGAUAUUUGCUGAAUAACCAUGGAAGAGAGAACAAGGCUGAAGUCUUUCUGACUGAUCUAAGUGUUGGUGGCAGUGCUGGAAUGGGCAAAAGCAGGAGCUGCUGCUGCCUCACGGGAUGGAACCCAUGGGAAGUGUUUGUUCCUUACCGGUUGUCUGAUCUAUUUAGUCUCUUUGACUUUAGAAGUCUUAAAUUUUAAAUUGUUUAUAAAAAAUACACAGGUCAGUCCCAGGGCAGAAACAACAUUGUCAUUUGCUGUUGAAUGUGCUUCAGUUACUUGUCAAAAUUGUUACUGGAAAGGUUUACCAGUAGAGGUAUCCAGAAUUCUGGGAAGGACUCUCUAAAACACGCCACUGAGGGGAUUUUUUAGGACUAUUUAUAGUGACGAGGGGGAGGCAACAUCUCUUUAAUUAUUUUUUCUUUUGCACUUACAGAUCAUAAAGUAAAAUUCCACGUUAUCACCUUACAAAGAGGAAAAGUUUCUAAAUAAAACAGAUGAAGGCAGAGUGUUUUGAGGGAGGUUGUUUUUUGGUAGGUUGUUGUUUUAGUUUUGGUGGGGGUUUUUUGUCUGAAGCGUUAUCUGCCAAACUGAGGCAGCUUUUGCCACUGGUUUAUUGGGGUGGUUUUCCCUCAGAAUUCACUCUGGUGAUGGAAGCUGGAGAUUUCUCCCUGUGUUUGUGCACAUACUCACUUGUUUUUCUUGUGAAGCUUUAUCAUUCACUCUUUAUUUCUUCACUUGCUAAAUACAAUGACACAAAACUACUUAAGGUUUAAGACAUGAGCCGUUAGUUGCUUGUUCUCUGUCAGGCACCAGAUGUAGCAAGGCCAGAGCACUUCAGUGAGAAGGAGCUGAUUCCUGUGGGAAUGUGGUCCCUGCAGCUGGGAACACCCAGGUGUGACCCUGCAGGAUGCUGAGAGGCUGCUGAGGUGUUUGUCAUGCCAGGUAUGUAGGAACUGAUGAUUGUGUGACUCAGAUUUAGUUCUCUGAAGCUUUCUACCUCUGUGCUUCUGUGGUCUCCUUUGUUCUCCUCAGACACUCUUAAUUCCAUGUUUAAUUCCAUGUGCAGUGCUCUGUGGAGCAGUGGACUGUGAAAAGCAGUGCUUGGGAUACAGCUCUGCACAAAUAGGGGGUGAAUGAUGGCUCAUUUUCUGGGAGAAAACAUUCUGUAUUUUGAUUAUGUUUCUGUAAUAAGCUUUGAAAAGGCUGGAAUGCCAAGCACUGGUGUGAGAGGGAGGCUCUGGAUCCUCUGCACUUGGAUAACCACUGGAACCAUGCCUGGCUCCCCUCACACCCUGCACACACAGACACACCUUGGCUGUAGACUUGGUUUAUUUUUCCAAGGGGAUGGGGAAGGGGGGUUUCAAAUGGAUUUUCUCAGCUGUCACUGAACUUCAUAAGGUCUUUGAGUUUUUGGCUGAGUCUUUUGGAUUGUCUCAACUAAAAAUCUUGUUAUGUUGGUACUGUUUGAAUCCAAAAUAGGCAUAUUUUUGGGAUUGUGUGUAUAUAAUCAAAUGUAAGCUAAUGUAAUCAAGGUAAGUCAGGAGUAAAAUUAGCAGUAAUUUCAUUUCCUUGUUGAUGAUGCUGUUCCAUCUGCCUGACCUGUGUGAUGUUUGCCAUGUGGAAGUCCAGGACACUUUCCAGGUUGCAAACAAGUGUGAUGUGGGUUGCUGAGGAAUCCUGCCAUGAAUCCAGCACAGUGAGUGAGCAGAGUGUACAGGACGUGGCUUCCAGGGUGGGUGGGGGCUUGGGGGUGGUUCUGUACCUUGGGUCAUGUUUUCUAUGUUUUUCUCUGUUUUGAAGAGAAAACUCUGGUUGGGAUUAUGGAAAAUGGUUACAAGUAUGGACAGGGUAUGCUUUUGAGAGCUAGAGCAAAGGAAAUGACAUUUUAGGAUAAUUUGCUACAUUUACCCCAUUCCUUGGUUGUAGCUUCCUGCAGGAAUUAAUCCAGUGGUUGCUGCCCCAGGGGAUUAUUUUUCUCCUCUGCCACCAUCCUCCUCUGCCCUGAGAUGUGGGAGCAGGGCUGUGGAAGAGCUGGUGUGUGUCUGGGGAGGGGAGGGGUGGGAUGUGCACCCUUUGGGACAGGAGGAGUGUCCUGCAGGCAGCAGGACUGAGGGAUCACAGCACAUGGAGCACAGACUCCCAAGCCAUUGUUGCACCCUCACAAGCAGAGCCUGUAAUAUUGCAGUUUUCAUAUAUUUCCAUUAACAGGUAGAACCACAUAGGCCAUUUGCACACUGGGGCUGAAACAUGUUCAAAUGCUCUUUGUUUUAUAAUAAGGCUCUUUUUGUACGUGCUGCAGUUCAUUUGUUCCUCCCACUGUCACCUUGAAUUGCUCUGUGAGGCUGAUGAGGGGCAGCCCUGUCUCCUCUCUGACUCUUCCUCUCUCUGCCUUUUGGGACAACUUUUCUGACAAAUCUUGUUGCUUGCAAACAUUUGCAAAGAAUAAAAUUCAAUUUGUUUCAAAA